AUGCACUGGGAUUGUGAUUGGUAUUUUGAUCAUCAUUGGCAUCGUUCCACAUGGGAUCCGUUUUUCUAUCACAGCAAAUGCGGUGGUGGAUUUGGUGGUUUUGGCCCAAGGUAUAGAACAAGUUACCUAUGGAGUUGUCCACACUAUGACUGCAGCUAUGCCCUGCCGGAUUGGUGUCAUCAUUCGUGUCUAACAGAUCGAGUUUAUGUGGAAACUGGUGAGGAGGAUGACACAUGUGGCAAAGGCACAUUCAAAGUGGUCAUUGAUGUCCAUCACUUUAAGGGUGACGAACUGAAGCUGAAGGUGAAGAACAACGAUGUAAUGAUAUUGGAAGGUCGACAUAAAGAUGAAAGGGCCAAAAAGUCACCAGCCUUGUGUAUUACCAGGCAAUUCACACGAAAAUAUAAAUUGCCACGUAACUAUGAUGCCACAACAGCAAAGGCAACCCUUUCUAAAGAUGGUAUUUUAACCAUAAUAGUGGCGGCUCCACUACCCCUGGAUGAUGUUGAACGCGAUAUUGAAAUUAUGGAAACUGAAACAUAUUUCGGAUCGAAAGAGGCAGAAGAAAAGCCAGCCAUUGAGGAUAGCAAAAAUGAAGCUCCGGAAGAAGAAAAUAAGUGA